AUGGAGGACGAAAUUAAGAUUAGGGUGUAUCGCUUCGUCGCGUAUUCGGGGGUGUUUUUCUCCCUGGUGGCUGUCAUGUCCAUCUUCGCCACCUUACCCAUGGUGUACGAAUACGUGCACCAGGUGAAGCGUGACAUCAACUUCGCCGUCAACGACUGCAAGACGACGGCAAAGGACAUCUGGAGCGACGUGAACACCCUUGGAGAGAUGCCGCACAACCGCACGGCACGCCAGUCCUACAACCAAGGGCCCAGCGGAGGCGGCGGCGGUGGCAGCAGCUACAGCGGCCCGUCGGCAGCCGUGUCUGGAGGAGCCGCUCAAUCUUCUGGAGGCGGCAGCUGUGGACCAUGCUGCAAACCUGGACCUCCCGGACCAUCUGGAUCUCCCGGAAAGCCUGGACGCCCUGGAAAGCACGGCGCCCCCGGAAUGCACGGCACGCCCGGAAAGUCUGGCAGCGCCCCCUGCGAGCCCCUCACCCCACCGCCAUGCCAGCCUUGCCCUCCAGGGCCCCCUGGACCUCCCGGACCCGCCGGACCGGCUGGACCCGGUGGAAACGAUGGUGCCCCGGGAGGCCCCGGAUCUCAGGGACCCCCUGGACCCCCAGGACCCGCCGGUCAACCCGGACAGCCCGGAAACCCCGGACAGGAUGGACAGCCUGGUGGACCCGGACAGCCUGGAGCUUCUCAGGACUCUGGACCUGGCGCGCCCGGACCGGCCGGACCUCCCGGACCUGCUGGGCCACCCGGACAAGACGGACAGAGCUCGCAGGGAGGGCAAGGAGCCCCUGGACCGGCUGGACCUCCUGGCCCUGCUGGACCCCCCGGUAUCUGCCCCAAAUACUGCGCUAUCGACGGCGGCAUCUUCUUCGAGGACGGCACCCGGCGUCGC